AAAAAAAAAAACAAAACGCAGCCCCCUUCAGCCCUUCUUGUGUCUGGCAAAAGGAAGGGCGGGCUCGCGACUCGGAGCGCAGGCCCACCGAGCAGAGCCCACCUAGUCCUCUCCCGCGAGCCGCGAGGCUUCUCUUCUCGGCAACCCAUGGCGGCGGCGGGCGGCGGCGCGGCGGGCGGAGGAGGGAAGGUGUCCUUCAAGAUCAUCCUCACCUCCGACCCCAAGCUCCCUUUCAAAGUGUUCAGCGUGCCAGAGGCGGCGCCCUUCACCGCGGUGCUCAAGUUCGCCGCCGAGGAGUUCAAGGUCCCGCCCCAGACCAGCGCCAUCAUCACCAACGAUGGAGUUGGCAUCAAUCCCCAGCAAAGUGCAGGCAAUGUGUUUCUGAAACAUGGUUCGGAGUUGCGCCUCAUCCCCCGCGAUAGAGUGGGAGCUGUGGUUGUGUCUUUCUAGAGGAUACAAUACAUUAUGAGCAGAACUUGAAGAAUAAAGUUUCAUGUUAGCUGUGCUUGGUUGUACAAUGUGACAUGGGUAAUAUUUUGAACAUACAUGUUUCCUUGUAUGUUCUGUUUGCACCUGGUGGCGCUAACAAGUGGAUUAUGUAUAACAAAAUUCUGCAAGGGAAUCAAUUAACUGAACUGACUGUGCUGCUUUGUGACUGC